UCCUGGGUCAGUGGAUGGAGCUAGCCCCGGCCACCCCCUGACCUGUCUCUCACUGCAGAUCGAUGACAUUGCUGAUGGUGCUGUGAAGCCCCCACCCAACAAGUACCCCAUCUUCUUCUUUGGUACACACGAAACAGCCUUCCUGGGACCCAAGGACCUGUUUCCCUACGACAAGUGUAAAGAUAAGUACGGGAAACCCAACAAGAGGAAAGGCUUCAAUGAGGGACUGUGGGAGAUCCAGAACAAUCCCCACGCCAGCUACAGCGCUCCUCUGCCGGUGAGCUCCUCCGACAGCGAGGCCCCUGAAGCAGACCCAGUGGGCGGGAGCGAAGAUGAGGAGGACCGGGGGGUCAUGGCUGUGACCGCCGUGACUGCCGCAGCUGCCAGCGACAGGAUGGAGAGUGACUCAGACUCGGACAAGAGCAGCGACCACAGUGGCCUGAAGCGGAAGGCAGUGGCCUUGAAGAUGUCGGUCUCAAAACGAGCUCGAAAGGCCUCCAGUGACCUGGAUCAAGGCAGCAUGUCUCCAUCCGAGGAGGAGAACUCUGAAAGCUCCUCUGAGUCGGAGAAGACCAGUGACCAGGACUUCACCCCUGAGAAGAAAGCCGUGGUCCGGGCCCCGCGGCGGGGCCCCCUUCCAGGACGGAAGAAAAAGAAGGCGCCCUCAGCCUCUGACUCAGACUCCAAAGCAGAAUCAGACGGGGCCAAGGCUGAGCCGGUGCCCAUGGCAAGGUCCGCGUCCUCCUCGGCGUCCUCCUCUUCCUCCUCCUCCUCUGACUCGGAGGUGUCUGUAAAGAAGCUUCCUCGGGGCAGGAAGCCAGCUGAGAAGCCUCCCCCCAAGCCCCGGGGGCGGAAACCGAAGCCUGAGAGGCCGCCGACCAGCUCAAGCAGCGACAGCGACAGCGACGAGGUAGACCGCAUCAGCGAGUGGAAGCGCCGGGACGAGGAGCGGCGGCGACGGUGUGUGGUGCGUUCCAGGGCGUUCAGUGCCAAGGUGAAGAAAUCCGCGAAGAAGUUGCAACCGCAAAGCACAGAGCCCGCAAGGAGACCCAGCCAGAAGGAGAAGAGAGGGCGCUCUGAAGAGAAGCCUCGAGCCAGGCCCGUGAAGGUGGAACGGACCCGGAAGCGGUCGGAAGGGUUCCCGCCAGACCGGAAGGUUGAGAAGAAGAAAGAACCUUCUGUGGAGGAGAAGCUUCAGAAGCUGCACAGCGAGAUCAAGUUCGCUCUGAAGGUUGACAAUCCGGACGUGAAGAGGUGUCUGAACGCAUUAGAGGAACUGGGGACCCUGCAGGUGACCUCACAGAUCCUCCAGAAGAACACAGACGUGGUGGCCACACUGAAGAAGAUCCGCCGCUACAAGGCCAACAAGGAGGUGAUGGAGAAGGCUGCGGAGGUCUACACCCGGCUCAAGUCUCGGGUCCUGGGACCAAAGAUCGAGGCCAUCCAGAAGGCAACCAGAACUGGGACGGAGAAGGAGAGGGCUGAGGUGGAGAAGGCCGAGGAGGCGCUAGCCGGAGAGGAGGCCCCCACGGAGAGGGCGGAGGACGAGGCGAGCACUGAUCUCUCAGCCCCUGUGAACGGUGAGGCCACGUCCCAGAAGGGGGAAAGCACGGAGGACAAGGAGCAGGAGGAAGAACAGAACUCAGAGGAGGGGCCCGGGGGCGGCUCCUCCGAGGACCUGUUACACAAUGAUGUGCGGGAGGGCCCGGACCUGGACGGGCCCGGGAAGGAGCGGCAGGAGCGAGAGAGGGUGCGGAUGGACUCGGAGUCCCUGGACGACGAGGACAGCUGAGCCCGGCAGCCUGCGGCCAGGCCCCGCUGCCACAUGCGGAUGGUCCGAGGCCAGCCUGGCUCCUUCCCGGCGCCCGGGUAGCAGAGAACUGUUGGGGAGACACUGUGCUGUUCGUUUGUAUUUGUCCCCCUGGGUUUUUUUCUGCCUAAUUUCUGUGAUUUCCAACCAACAUGAAAUGAUUAUAAAGGGUUUUUUUAAUGAAAAAAAAAAGUCACUUUUA